AUGCGUAAAUCUCCUAAAGUAACGUUCAAUUUGGACAUGAAUAAUGAGCAGAAUUAUAGUAGUGACGAUGAAGGCGUUAGAGCAUUUUCAGCAAUUGCCGACUAUGUCGAAUCUGACAUCGAAUUGUCAGAUGAGGAUAUGCCAGAAGCCAUCAUGGCUACCACCGAAAAUUGCCCCGGAUUCGUGAUUAAGACUAACAUCGAGCCGGACGAGAGAGAACUAUAA